UCUCAUGCGAAUCAAUUCGUACGCAUUGGAACGAUUUUGGGCGAUUUUGGGUUUUUUCGCAAAAAAACUCCGCUAAUUGACUUCGAACUCGUGACCGUACUUGGGAUUGAAAGAGGGGGCUUUUUUGCAAAAUGUCACCGAAAGCAUCUCUCUUAAAUCCCUCUCGUGACCACUCUCGUUAUCCCCAAAAUAAAAUCCCCAAAAUCAAAUCCCCAUCACCGACUUCCCCCAAAUCCAUCCCCGUCACCGCCGACCGCGACCCCAUCACCGCUGGCCGCGACAUCCCAAUCUUCGACCGCAACUCCGACGGACUCAUCUCCCCCUCGUUGUCGCCCCCCCAACUCCUCCACGACACCACCGUCGCCUGAGAACUCCGGACAACUCCGCCGCUGCGAGAUUGAACCGGCGCUGCAGGACUGUUGUUUACAAAGGACAACUGAAGCCAGUUCAGUUGAAGAAUUACUAUUAUGCUGAUCUUGGUGAUGAAAGGUUCACAAGUUUUAUGGCACUGGUUCUCAACAAAUACCUUUCCUAGCUGGGAUCGUGCUCAGCCCAUGCGCAUCUUGGGUCACAACGGAGAGAUUAACACACUUCGAGGCAAUGUUAACUGGAUGAAGGCGCGUGAGGGUCUUCUAAAGUGCAAAGAGCUGGGAUUGUCAAAGGAUGAGAUGAAGAAACUUUUACCCAUUGUUGAUGCUAGCUCUUCUGAUUCUGUGUCUUAUCUGUAGAAAAAGGAAAUGAAUCCCGCCUUAAGCGGAUGAUAUAUAACUUGAUCCCUGUAGAUGGGUCAAAAGUUGAGGAUGUGAAGAAGCCUGUCAAUCCAAUUUCCUUCCUCUUGCGUUUCAUUUUGGGUACCAACGCCGCAACCUACUAUGUCCUGGUGCCCAUUUACAUGUGGAUUAAGGAUCAGAUAUUCCCCAAGGGUAUGCCAAUAUGAAGAGAGCACUGGCAAAGCAAAGAGAGAUGACAUUUAUGUAUUCAUUCAGAACUAGUAGCGGCUUCUUUGUCCAGAUUUUUGUAUGAAAAUCUAUUAUGAUUCAACUGAUGGACAAAUUUUUUAAUGUUA